AUGGUUAAGAAGAGUAUCGAAGUGGCAUAUAAGCAGCAUAUUCAUAAUAUUAAAAACCAGUUUUUUAUUGAUCCUAAAUCAUUCUGGCCAUUAAUAAGAAAAAAGAGGGGCUCAUUGCCCAAUAACAACAUUGUAAAAGACGGUGUGUGCCUUACAGAUGAUGAGAGUGCGAGAGUGUACUUAGACAAACCAAGGCCUUUACCAAUAUGGCCAUAG